AUGGCUUCGACCGUGGCGAGUUCCUUGGACUGCGAGUUCUUGCGCACGAACAACCUGCUCCGAAUCUUCGCCAAGCUUUUCCAACGGGCCGAUGCCGCUGAGCUGGCCAGCAAGCGGGAGGAGCCGAAGAAGCUGCAAGAGAUGGAGAAAUGCAAGAAAGAGGACUGCAGACCUGGUGAGGCCUCUGGUGGAUCCUGCUCUGGCAUCCGCUUCACCAGCUACAACAAGAAGCGGAUUCUGAUGAUGCCGGAUGCAGGCACUGCCGACGGCGCCGAUCGGGGCCUCCGCUUUGCCAUGCUGGGAGGUGGCGUGGACGACUUCUCGAACAGCGAGAAGGUGAUCUUUACACCUGGCUUCCACACACGCUUGCAAUACUUCGGCUACGACCCGAAAGUUGUCAUGCAUUUGUGGACGAAAGGUGACUCCAACGAGGGAGCUGCAGUUCCCCCGCGGACCUGGGCUUGCGUCGACCGGCCGCACUCGAAUCUCCUGGACCCCAGGCUCGCAGGCAGCGUGUUUGAAAACGGGACGCGCGCCGCAGAGAGCAGCGAGCCCGCCCCGCUGCAUUGGAUGCCAGCCGCCAAGAGCCGAGUCACUGGCGAUCUCAUCAGCGAGGUCUCCGCCGUGGCUUUCAGGACCGAGAACGCGGAGGCGGUCCCCAUGGGCACGGUGACCAUGACCGUUAACAUGACCUACGCCGGCGAAGUCCUGAGCAAGCUUCGGCUUAGUCCCAAUUUCUACUCCAUCGUUGCAGAUGCUGGCGGCCAGGUGGUCGCAAUGAGCCAACGGGCACGAGACGUCGUUUUCAGAGACGGCUUCAGCGAAGAAGAACUCCGGAACCCGUCCGGAGAGCCGGCCUGCAGCGCAGAGCGACGGACGGGCUGCUGGUGGGCGCCGCCCUCGCCGCUCUCCCUCAAGAACGCAACGGACCCGAGGUUCAGCGGCAUCGACUUCGAGAGCAUUCUCGCGACGGUCUUCAACGCCUCGAUGAAAAGGGAGAACCUCUGUUCCAUGGGAGUGAGGACCCGGACCCUUCACGUUCCGAAGGGUAGUGACCACUUGGCCGUCUUCUGCAGGCUGAUGGCCAAUCCAGAGUGGGCGAUUUUCCUGCUCGCGCCGCUGGAGGAGCUGCAGACGGCGGCCACAUUCACCGUGGACAAAGAGAACAUCACCAAGGACAAUGUAGGCAAGAACGAAGACCACGACGGCAAGGACACGGUCACCCUCCACAACACGGGUCGCGUGGCACUUCCUUUCCAAGUCACCGUCAGUGCAGGGAAGGGGGACAACAGCAGCUGCAUGACGGUGUCGCCCUCCAAUGGUACGUUGGCCCCCAAUGAAACCGCGAAGCUGCUCCUGAACUUCGAUCUGGACACUUUUGGCUAUGGCACCUCCAGCGGCUGGAUCAUCGUUCACCCAGACACUUCGGAUGACAGGGGCGCCUGCUUCCGAAAGAGCUCGUGGACCAGGUUCUCCUUGACUCGGCCGAAGCCACGGGGGUUCCUGAAAGAGGCGAUCAUCCGCAAUGGCAUCCCUCUGUCCGCGGCGCUGAUGCUGGCCCUGGCCAUGGUUCUCUACCGAGUGGUCUCUUCCUUGCUGAACUCCUACUACGGGAAGCUGGCCAAGGAGCGGAGCACCAUCGAGAAAGCGCUUUCCGCCACCCAGGAGGUCUCCUUCCCCAUGGUCCUGCUUCAGGUGCCCAUCUUCAAGGAGCUCGGGAAGUUCGUGGCCUUCGAGAACACGCUGCAGCGCUCCACCUGGCUCCACACCAUCCAGGAGAUCGACGACUUCCUGCAGAAGGCACUGAACAAGGUGAUCUUCAUGUCCCACCAGUGGACAGCCUUCGCAGAGCCUGAUCAUACAGGGAAACAAUACGAGCAGAUGGUCAUGGCCGUGGAGGAGGUGAUGAAGAAGUGGAAGUGGCAGGAAAGCAGCACCUACGUUUGGCUCGAUUACAGCUCCAUUCCGCAGAGGCACCGUCCCUCGCAGACAGCUGCGAUCAACUCUUUGACGGUCUACGCCGCCAAGGUCUCCGCGUUUGUGGUGGUGGCACCUCCCGUGAAGCACAAGGCCGGCGCUGCGGAAAGCGGAGACUUGGAGGACGAGUGCAACAAGGACACCUACCAGUGCCGCGCCUGGUGCAGGGCCGAGCAGCUCUCGCACCUCUUGGCCCAGGCUGGUGACAACAUGUUCCUGGCAGAGAGCGGCCAGCUGACCCCGCUCGACGAGGUCUGGCUGCAAAAGUCGAUCCAGGUCUUCGGGGAGGACAGCCAGCUCACCUGCUGCAGGCGCAAGCACGAGGGAAUGGACAUGUGCGACCAGGAGCGUCUGGUGGUGCCCAUGCUGGGCCUCUGGGCCCAGCUCUGCCGAACGGUGAAGGCCGGCGGCGCGAACGAGAAUCUUCGGAAGAUCCACAAAGAUCUCUUGACCUUGGAGGCAGGCGUCCCCAGGAUCAAGAGGAUCUUCCCCGAGACGUUCAUGCAUGAGACAGAGAACGGGCAGGAGGAGCGUACCCUCUUCGGCAACCUUGUGGAGAGGCUGCAGGACACCUUGAAUCAAGAGCAGCCCGCUUCCGAGAAAGAGAAGGAGAAGCGCAACUUCAAGGCGCUGGCCACGGCCACUGCGGCGGCCGCUUCUCUUGCGCGCCGCCCCGACACCUUGGGCGUGCCGGCUUCGGACGAAGCUUCGGGUAGGCGCUUGAGCCAAGUCCUAUCUCCGCCGGAGGCUUGA